CGGGACCCGUGCAGGCAGCACGAGCGGUUAGUAGUGAAACAUGUAAAGAUGGCGGAGCUGCAGAUGCUGUUGGAAGAUGAGAUUCCUGCGGGACGGAGAGCUCUUCUGGACAGUUUUACCAACCUGGAAAGAGUCGCGGAGUACUGUGAGACCAACUAUGUGCAGUCUGCAGACAAGCAGCAAGCACUGGAGGAGACGAAGAGCUACACCACCCAGUCUCUGGCCAGUGUGGCCUACCUCAUCAACACACUGGCCAACAACGUGCUGCAGAUGCUUGACAUCCAGGCGUCUCAGCUGCGCCGCAUGGAGAGCUCCGUCAACCACAUUUCACAGACGGUUGACAUUCACAAAGAGAAGGUGGCAAGGCGGGAGAUCGGCAUCCUGACCACCAACAAAAACACGUCUCGUGCUCAUAAAAUCAUUGCUCCAAACAACCCAGAGAGGCCCGUACGCUACAUCAGGAAGCCCAUCGACUACAGUGUGCUGGACGACACCGGACAUGGAGUCAAGUGGCUGAUGAGGUUCAAGGUGAAUGGGCAGCAGAAUCUGAAACUAGGAGGAAGUCUGUCCCGGUCCAACCCCCCAACCCAGAAACCACCCAGUCCUCCCAGAGCAGGCAAGGGGAUCUUAGGGAAGAACUCCCCCUACAGGACCCUGGAACCGGUGCGCCCCCCUGUGGUGCCCAAUGAUUAUGUCUCCAGCCCAACCAGAACCAGUACAGCAGGCGGACAGCUUCCCAGUCCAGUCCGGACCGCCACCCUGAACCACCGACCCAGAACAUACAGUCUCCCCAACGGCUGGACCAUCUAGCUCCUCCUCCACUGCUCCUAACUCCUCCCCUUCUCCAUCCCCAACUCCUUCCUCCUUCUCCUCUUCCUCCUCCACCACAACCUUAACCCAGCCCGCCGCCCCCCUGCCACCAAACUCACCCUGUCACAACGCAGACUCAUCCCCCCACACAAGCUCACAGUCACCAAACACCAACACCUCCACACCUUCUAACCCCUCCCCCUGCACCAAUGAGGCCCAAUCAGAGCCGUUGUCUCUCCCUCCUCCUUCAGUCUCCUCCUCUUCACCUGCUGAAGGUCCCAUUGUCCCCCAGUUCUAUAGCAUGAACCGGCCCCAGCCUCGCCAACAGUUCCCUCAGGUGGGGGGGUCUCUGCCAUACCGCCGCCCCCCCUCUGUGACUGGACAGCCAAUAGUAACGCAGAACAACGUCAACGGUGGUCCCGACUACAACCAGAGUCCAGCCUCCCCUCCGCCCCCCGCCCUCCUCCAGUUCACCCCCCAGCUCCCCCUCAUGGGCUUUGUUGCUCGAGUUCAGGAAUCCAUCUCAGACACCCCUCCUCCCCCACACCCACCUGCGGAGAACCAGUUAGAACCUGAAGAACCUCUAUCCCCCCGACAGCCAGUGGAGGAGGACUCAGCUGUGGUGGAGUACAGUGAUCCAUACGCUGAAGAAGAUCCACCAUGGGCCCCCACAAACUACCUGGAGAAAGUGGUGGCCAUCUACGACUACUCUGCAGACAAGGAGGAUGAGCUGUCGUUCCAGGAGGGCGCCAUCAUUUAUGUUGUGAAGAAGAACGAGGACGGCUGGUUUGAAGGAGUGAUGAACGCCACCACCGGCCUCUUCCCUGGAAACUACGUGGAGUCCAUCAUGCACUACGCCGACUGAGGAGCCCUUCAGCUUUGUUGGUGGAGUUUCACUUCCUGCUCCUGGAGCUGAACGUAGAUUUGCACAAACCACUAACAAACAACUUUGGAAUGGACYAAAGUUAUGCUGCCUUAUUCAUAAGGCCUUUAUUUAGGUUUCUUUAAAGGCCCAAAUUAUGUUCUUAAAAAGUUUGGUGCGAUGACUAAAACAUUAAAAGAGAUUUAAAGUUAAUUAAAAUAUAAAGAGUGGAGCUGCCACUGUCUGGUUAUAAAGUAUGAUUUAUACAACCUGUCUAACACAGGUACAUUCUAGAUCUGCAGUUUUACUUUGUUUAUAAUCAUCAGCUGUGCAGAAACAGCAACAUCUCCAGUAAUAAUACACAAAAUAUUGUUUCCUCUGAUCAUGAUAUGAUAAGGAAUUAAGUUUUCUUUUACCUAAAUCUACCAAAUUUUUGUAGUUUUUCAUCAAAAUAAUUUUCUAAAUGAGAGAAAAAUUUUCUAAAAAUGCUAAUCAAGAUUAGCUGAAAACUACAAGCUAUAUCUGCAGCAACACUAGAGAUWUAAAAUAAGCUUUUCUUCACCCCUACAUUUCAAAAUCGGAUUUCUCAUGAUCAUWGUGAUAAUAAUCACAACAGAAAAACAUUCUGUGUGUGUGCAUGUGUGUAUGUGUGUGUGUGUUUUACUUUGCCUUAAGAUGAGCCUUAACCCUUCUGUGUGUUUCCUGAGCCUUGACUGAUUAUUUUUGUCAGUAAAAAAUCUAAAACAAUAAGAAGACAAAAGACGACGUGUCUCUAAAGCUUUAACAUGAUUAGAAGAGCCAGUCAUCUGCUUCUUCACUAUUAUAUGUUAUUUUUAUGAUUCAUAGUGUUAUUUUAGAAAACAAAGUUACUGUCUGUGUUUUUAAAAGCACUCCAUAAAACCAAACCCCCGUGUUUCAUUGUCAGAGAGGUUUUUACAGACUGGUGUUUGCAGUCUGCAGUUUGUUGAUAAAUUUGUUACAGUGUCAMUUUGAACACAGGCCUUCAGUUUACUAUAAGAAGCAGCUCACCGAGGUCAAAUAUCCAGACAAAGUAGGAUAAAGUCUAAAUUAUCCACAACUCAGUGAUGUGGUUAUCCUCAUACACGAUGUCAUCAGCAGCUCUUUUAUCCAAACUGUUAGUUUAUUAUAAUCAUUGAUAUAUAUAUACAUACAUACAUACAUACAUACAUA